CAAAAUUUGAUCAACGACAACAACUGAGUAUAUUUUACUAGUAUAAGUAAACUCAUUUUCUAACAUUACAACAAAACGUUUAAGAGUUUGGUUUUAUCAUGAAUAUUUCAUUAAAUGCAUCUUUAUUAUAAUUUUAUCUUUGGUUCAACAAAACAGGGACGUUAUGGCGAGCAGACCAUAAAGUGGAACAACACUGACACACUAUAUUAAUGAAAUUUUGACACAGAAGAUUUCAUUUUUAAUAACAAUGGGGAUUAUGUACGAAAAAAGACCUUUGAAACGGCCUCGGCUGGGGCCUCCUGAUGUUUAUCCACAAGAACCACGACAGAAGGAAGAUGAACUUACCUCAGCCAAUGUAAAACACGGAUUUACAACAACCCCUCAAUCUAGUGAUGAAUUUGGUACUGCUAGAAACUUCAACUAUUCCGCAUCAAAGAUUGGACAAUUCUUUUCUGGAAUAUUGUCCAAGAAGGAAGAACUUAACACUCUACCUGACUGUGGAAGAAAGAGACAGCAGGUUAACCCCAAGGACAACUUUUGGCCAGCCACAGCUCGUACUAAACCGCAGAUUGAAGCAUGGUUCAAAGAUUUAGCUGGUAACAAACCUCUAUCACAACUUGCAAAGAAGGCACCCAAUUUUAACAAAAAGGAAGAAAUAUUUAUAACAUUAACUGAGUAUCAAGUUGCCAUGCCAAGAGCUGCUUGGUUCAUCAAGCUCAGCUCAGCAUACACUGUUGCAGUGUCCGAGGCUAAAAUCAAAAAGAGACAACUUCCUGAUCCAACCACCGAAUGGACUACAACCCUGAUUAAGUUCCUAAAAGAUCAAAUAUUAAAGUUAGCAGAACAUUACCAAAGUGCUGUACCUGGCAGCGUAUCUGAUAAGACCCCUCCGUCACAAUCAGGUCAAGGCACGCCUAGUCACAGCUGUUUAGGAAAUCCACCGGGAGGGUCCACACCAAAUAGUUCAAUGGUACCAAAUUCCAUGCACUCACCAGGUAACCUAAGUGGUCUAGGCUCUUCCACUCCAAAUGCCAAUGAAAAUACUGAUUGGCGUCAAGCAUUACGGCAGUGGAAUUACUGCUGCCGCCUGGCUCGCUAUCUUCUUGAUGAGGGUCUAUUGGAUAGACAUGAUUUCCUGACUUGGAUCAUCGAAUUACUCGAUAAAAGGGCUCCUGAUGAUGGACUUCUAAGGUUAUUCCUGCCUCUAGCAUUGCAACAUAUAAGUGAGUUUGUGUGUUGUGAGGGUCUUUCGCGUCGGUUGGCGACGUCGUGUGCAAAAAAAGCAGCAGCUAUUUGUUCCGUGUUGUCGGAUACUACACUGCGGGCUCUUAACCAACCUGCUGUAUUCAAUAAGACCGCAGAGAAAAGUGAAACCACCGGUGCGCCCUUAUCACCGACGGCUGAGGCGAAUGGCGAUGUGAAACCAAAUGUCUCCCAGAUAAAGCGUUCUGUGACCCCAGCGGAUCAGAACCAAGGAACACCUAAUCCAAAUCAUUCUUUGGGAACUCCAAAUCCUAACCAUUCCCUAGGGACCCCUAAUCCGUUGGGCACCCCAAACCCUCAACAGCCAAUGGAUGUCCAAGUGAAGGAAGAAGCUAGUUCACCGCCGAGGGACACUAAGGCGACCUUAACAGCGGUCAUAGCAGCUGCAUUGAACCCCGUACAAGUUGGCUUUGGGGAGAUACUGAAUUGUGCCUACCACAGGGAUGUCAUCAUACAGUUGGCCACAAUUCUUCAGAUAAUCUGCAUUGAGUGCCCAACAGCGCUAGUGUGGUCUGGUUGUGGGUCGUCACUCCAGGGCUCUCCGUUGGAUCUGCUGCCACUGCCGCCCUCCGCCCUGCCCAUGCCGCAGAUGGACUCCACGCUAUCGCAAGAGCAUCGGCGGAUGGCUUAUGAAUCUGAGCAAGAAAUCGCUGCAAGAAGCAAGAAAGCGGAGAGUAAAUGGUGUACUGAUAAAUGGCAAACCAGCUCUCAAGCCCGGGUGUUGGCAGUGCUAGAGGCUCUGGACAGGCACUGUUUCGACCGUGUCGACCCCAAUAAUAACUUGGACACGUUGUACAAAGAAGUAUUUGCAAACUGCACUCCAACCAACAAGGAAGGAACUCUUGACCCUAAAGAUCCUGAAUAUGCGUGUUCGUACGCGGUGGUGCGUGUUCUGUGCGAGUGGGCGGUGUGCGGCGCGAGGUGGGGGGAGCACCGGGCGAUGGCGGCAGCGGCCUUGCUGGACCGACGACAGCACCAUCACCACCACGACCACCAAGGUUCCGAUGACAAGGAGUCUGUUGGUUCUGGGACUGGAAUUUAUAAUGGACCACCGAUAUUCCAGAAUUUACUACUUCGUUUCUUGGAUAACGACGCGCCCGUCUUAGAUGAAAGUCCAAACGCGCCGCCAGGGAAUAGACAGCAGUUCGCGAAUUUGGUACAUCUAUUCGGUGAACUGAUAAGGCGGGAUGUGUUCUCACACGAUGCUUACAUGUGCACGCUUAUUUCUAGAGGAGACCUAAUAUCUCCUACGGAACCAACAUCAACGGGUGGAACACAUACAGUGGCGCCGCCAGCGAACAGUACCGGAACUAAUCAUAACAUAGACGAAGACAUAUUUGCUGGUAUAGACCUCAAGCCUAAGAUGGAGGAGAAUGUUCGAAUGGACUUGGACGACUCCAAAAUAGACGAUGACCUUGACAAGCUUCUCCAGCACAUAAAGGAAGAUCAGCAGAACUCAAUGGACGCCCCCGACAGUCCAAAGGAUCCCGGGGAACCCACACAUGGAGUCAAUUCACCAAUGAUGGGAGCGAGCGGGAUCGGUAUUCCUGGAAUGCAAUCCAUUGGAAUGGGUCCAAUGUCUGUGCCAGGUGUUCGCGGGGCUUCGUUGUCCCGACACUAUCACUACACGACUCACUUUCCCUUGCCGCCCGCGGAGCCUGAACACACGCCGCACGACGCUAACCAAAGACACAUUUUGCUCUACGGAGUUGGACGGCAGAGGGAUGACGCUAAGCACGCCGUCAAGAAAGUGACCAAAGAAAUUUGCAAAUUAUUCUCCAAGAAGUUCUCCAUUGACGUAGCCGAGGGUGGUAAAAUAAAGAAGCAUUCGAGAAGCGAAUUCAACUUCGAGGCUGUUACUCAGAAGUUUCAAGCGAUGUCGAUGUAUGAACAAGGUGCUGUCUCAUGGGCCGUUGGUGGCGCGGUGUGCGAGGCGCUGGCGGCGUACGCGGCCGGUGCUACCACCUACUUGCCACAACCGGAACACGUGGCCUUCGCCCUUGACCUCAUGGAGAUAGCGCUCAAUGUUCACGGACUCAUUGAGACAUGUAUACAAAUACUCAAGGAGCUGUCUGAAGUUGAGGCCGCUCUGAUAACUCGUGGGGCUCCCAGCAGCGGGUUAGCCGCUCCCCGUGCUUACACGUCCGCGUUAGCACUAUAUACCGUCGGAGCCCUAAGGAGAUACCAUUCCUGUCUCUUGUUAUGUGUGGAACAAACGUCAGCUGUGUUCGAGCAGCUGUGCCGCCUUGUCAAGUGUGUGGUCAACCCUGGCGACUGUGGUUCCGCCGAGAGAUGCGUCCUCGCUCAGCUCCACGAUUUGUACAAAGCCGCAGCUCAUCUGUUCCACGCACCACACGCUGAUACUUUUGCGAACGCGUAUCCUAAAAUAAAACAAGCUCUCUACUCACCUCUGACUCCAACGCCAUCCAACUAUCAGUACAAUCCCCAGUUUCUCAGCGAGUUCUUCACUAAUCCCCGUAAAGGUAAAAUAGAGAUUGCAUGGGCGCGGCAGGUGGCGGAGUCCCCGGCGAACAGAUACAGCUUUGUUUGUUCCGCCAUGUUGGCUGUGUGCCGUGAAGUUGAUAACGAUCGCGUGAACGAGCUCGGCGUUGUAUGCGCGGAGAUGACAGCGUGGUGUAGCAGUCUGGCGGCGGAGUGGCUGGGAGCGCUGGUGGCGCUGUGCGGGGCGCAACAUUACCCUCAGCACGCCGCACCGCCACCACUCUAUCCUGACCUGCUGCAUCAUCGGGACCUGCACGACGCUGCCGCACACGACGCACUCGCAGUCUUCACUUGCAUACUAGUCGCUCGUCACUGUUUCUCGCUGGAGGACUUCGUCCGUCACGCAGCUCUACCGUCGUUGGUGAAGGCAUGUGGGGGCGGCGGGCCGCUGCCACCCAACGCGCCCUCACCAGACGCCGGCGCGAGGCUCACCUGCCACCUACUGCUGAGGCUCUUCAAAACAGUCGACACUCCGCAACCAGGACUGUACAGCGUGUCCACAUCCCCCGGUCCUGUAGGUACUGGUGCUGGCGUGCGACUGUCGUGCGACAGACACCUGCUCGCCGCCGCACACAAGAACAUCGGCGUGGGACCAGUCCUAGCCACACUUAAAGCCAUACUAAUGGUGGGUGAUUCAACAGCCCGGGAUGGGAUGAAACUCAGUGGAAAGAAAUCCAGUGAACUGUCUCACAUACUAGGGACCAGCGACACCGUACCCACGGACGCACAACUUGAUCUCAUGUCGAUGGUAGAUACAGAGAUGAGUGGGGGCCAUAGAACUCCUAGAGGCAGUGGUGGUGUUGGUUCCACUCUCCUGGAUUCGUCUCAAUCGUUAUCGUCCCUGGCGAGGAGAGUCCUCGCUGAAAUAUGCUCCGAGGAGUGGGUCUUGCAGAAAUGUCUCCAGAAUCCAGAUGAACUUUACCAACCCGAUAUGCUACUAGACUCAAUGCUGACCCCACGGCAGGCGCAAAGGUUGCUUCAUAUGAUAUGUUAUCCAGAUUCAGCGAGCCACACACAUCCUGACCUUGAUCAGAAAACUAUGAUAACGAGGCUUCUAGAGAACCUGGAGCAGUGGUCGCUUCGAAUGUCGUGGCUGGACUUACAGCUGAUGUUCAAGCAGUUCCCUAGCGGCUCGUCGGAGUUGAACGCCUGGCUAGACACCGUGUCACGAGCUGUGAUCAACGUGUUCCAGCAGCCAGCACCUCCACCACCAGACAAAGACAGGAUGGGAACCGAGAGAGGCGUGGUGAGCACCAGCAAGUGGUCGGAGUCGGUGUGGCUGGUGGCGCCUCUGGUGGCCAAACUGCCAGCUGCGGUUCAAGGACGCGUUCUCAAACAAGCUGGACAGAUCUUGGAAAGCGGCUGGGGCGCUGGAUGCAGUGGCAGCUGCUCGAGCGGCGGGGGGAGCGGCGGCGGCUCGCACAGAGACUGCAAGAGUCAUCAGAGCCCUAGCUACAAAGGGUCAGCGGGGGCGGGGGGAGGUGGUAAGAGGGGGGUGGGGGUGUCCGCGGGGUGCUCUUGCGGCUCGCCCGCGGUCAGACUUGCCAAUGAACCGCUCCUGUCACUCGUCCUCACCUGUCUCAGGAACCAGGACGAUCAGAAGGAGAGUCUGUUGAGUUCGAUUCACGCUCAGUUGUCCCACUACCUGACACACGCUCGGGACCACGACCGUAGCGCCUGCGGUCUGUCAGGCGACUGGCACGACGAGGCGGCCCCGGACGCUCUCCAGCUGAGGUUCUCGCUGGCCGGCGGGAUGUUUGACGCCAUCAGACGCUCCUACCAGCUGACGGCGGACUGGGCGCUGCUGUUGACGCAGCUGGUCGCGCACCAACUCAUAGACGCUUACAAUAAUAGUCUGUGUCACAGCAACUUGUUCACCACAUUGAUCGACAUGCUUGCAACCUUGAUACACUCGACGCUAGCUGAAGGUGGCGAUGACAACAACAGGAAGCACUAUCAGAAUCUCAUGAAGAAGCUCAAGAAGGAGAUAGGAGACCGCCACGGACCCAGCAUCCAGGCCGUCAGACAGCUGCUGCCGCUGUCCAAGAAUACUAUCAUAGAGGUGAUCGCGUGCGAACCGCUAGGCUGUCUCAUGGACCAGAAGGGCAACAAAAUAACCGGCUUCGACAGCGAUAAGAAACAAGGUCUCCGUCUAACGGACAAGCAGCGAGUAUCGAGCUGGGAGCUGGUGGAAGGCGGUCGGAAUCCCGCGCCCUUGUCGUGGGCCUGGUUCGCAGCCACCAAAAUAGAAAGGAAGCCGCUCACAUACGAGAACGCGCACAGGUUAUUAAAAUACCACACACACAGUCUCGUAAAACCUUUAAGUCAUUACUUGGAACCCUUGCCGCUGCCUCCCGAAGACUUGGAUAACAAUGACAAUAAGCAGGAUAACGGAAGCCUGGAUUCAAGUCCAACUGGUUCAGGAAAGGGACGGAAGAUGUCGUGCAAGAUGAGUAACAAAAUAAGUAAAAAGCCAAAACCAACGACUCCGACGAACGGCGGCACGCCGACGGGGCCGGGCGUUCCGGGCGCGGCGGGCGCUCAACAACCGCAGUUUAUACAACAACAGCAAUGGUUCCCGCCGCCCACUCAGGGAUACUAUAACCCGCCAGCGGGCGUGAACCCUCGCGGAGUAGCUCCCCCCUCCAACACACAGUCGAAGCAGGCUCUCAGCAAUAUGCUGCGGCAGAGGGUACCCUACCAGCAGAUGACACAGAUGCAGCAGAGCGGAGGAUACGGAGGUGCCCCCCACCCCCGCGGCCCCUUCCCCCGACAAGGCAUGAGACAGAUGCAGCCCGGCCAGAUGGCACAGAUGCAGCCCAAUCAAAUGAACCCCAUGGCUGGUAUGGGUAGCAUGGGGCCGAUGAAUCAAAUGGGAAACGUCCAAAUGGGUCCAGGACAAAUGAGCGCCGCGCAAAUGGGUGGUGGACAGAUGGGUGGGAACCAGAUGAGCGGCGGACAAAUGGGCAGCGGGCAAAUGGGUGGAGGACAAAUGGGAGGAAUGAGCGGGCAAAUGUUCGGUGGACAAUAUGGCGGAAUGCAACAAGGAUAUGGCUAUAGCCAGCAGAUGAUGCCGGGCAGCCAGCAGCAAAUGAUGAAUCAGGGUAUAAGUCAAGGAGGCCAAAUGUCGCAAAUGAGCCAACAGGUCAACCCGAUGGGACAGGGAGUUAACUCGAUCGGACAAUCCGUUGGUCAAAUUAACCAAGGAGUCGGACAAUCUCAACAAAUACCACAAGGUAUGGGCCAAAUGAGCCAAGGCAUGGGACAAAUGGGCCAAGCGAUGGGCCAAAUUGGACAAAUGGGACAAGGUGGUGGCAUGGGAAAUAUGAACAGCCAAGCAGCACCAAUGGGACCGCAGGGAGGAAACUCCAUGGGCGGUUUCCCAGGACAGCAAUCAUUCCAACAGAACAUGAUGGGCAGACAGACAAGUCAAGAAGCGUAUUUGGCUCAACAAAGACAGAACGCGAGACCUCAGUAUAUGCAGCAAGCGCCGAAUGUAACGAUGGGUGGUAUGGGAGGUCCGGCGCCUCCAUACCCACGUCCUAUGGCACCAGCGCAGAGCGCGCAGUACCCACAGAUGCAGCAACGCAUGCGGCACCAGAUGCUCAUGCAGCAAGGGCCGCUAGUGCAGCACUUACAGCAACGGCAACAAUACCAGCAGCCCUACUAGACCUUAAUCCUUUUAUCUUCACUUAUAAUUAUUUACAAAUAGCUGUUAUAAUUUAUACAUCUAUUGAUAAUUUUAUAUUUAAUAUUUAUAUAUAUUUUUUAAUAAACAUCACAAUCAUCAAAGUAUACAUUACAAAUAUAUUAUACAAUAAAUAAAGUUGUUAUAGACAACCGUGAUUAGUUAUCUUUUUUUAUGACCAGACUUGCAGUAUAGAAUUGAAACUGUAAUUGAAUAAGAGGCAAUUUGAUGUAAAUUAAGAUAUACAAAGAGUACAAUUUUGUAAGACGUAUAGAAAUUGUAAAUAAAAUUAUAAAAAUAUAA